AGUUGCCGCAACGAUUAACUACCACUCCUUCCCGACCACACAAAACCAAACACGCCACUGCCGCACAUAUAAAUAUACAUAUAUAUAGAGAGAGAGAGAGAGAGAGAGUUGUUGGCUUCCGUUUUCUCGUCCAAGCGAUGUGAUUUUUUCUCAAUUCUUUUUUGUUUUGUGUGUGAGAUUUGGAACCAGCAAUGUGUUCACGCCAAACCUCUUCGAUCUUUCGCAAUAAUUCGUACUUUCUUCACCAUUCGAAUCGGAAAAUUCGCGAUUCGAUGAAGUUCCGGUGCGUGCUUGAUCAAAUUGUGCCCAAAUUCGCGGUGUCGUCGUCACUGAGCUCGGUGUUCACCUCGGCCAACGUGAUUGCGGCGGCCGCCGCGGCGGAGUCGGGUACGGUACACAGCGCGGUGGCGUCCGCCAUAACGCAUGUGGCUGUCACCGCCGUUGCUAUCGCCUCGGGCGCUUGUCUUUCAACUAAGGUCGAUUUCUUGUGGCCGAAAGUGGAGGAGCAACCCGGCUCACUUAUACUGGAUGGAGUGGAUGUAACUGGCUAUCCUAUAUUUGCUGAUGCGAAGGUGCAAAAGGCAAUUGCAUUCGCUAGGAAAGCUCACCUCGGACAGUUAAGGAAAACAGGAGACCCUUAUUUGACUCACUGUAUACAUACAGGAAAAAUCCUAGCAGUCUUAGUUCCAUCAAGUGGAAACCGGGCUGUCGAUACAGUUGUGGCUGGGAUUCUCCAUGAUGUGGUUGAUGAUACAUGUGAAAGUUUGGACAGCAUAGAGAGAGAGUUUGGUGAUGAUGUAGCAAAGUUGGUAGCUGGAGUUUCCAGGUUAAGUUAUAUUAAUCAGUUGUUAAGAAGACAUCGCAGGGUAAACAUGAAUGGCAGCUCUCUCGGUCAAGGAGAGGCACAUAAUAUACGAGUCAUGCUGUUAGGCAUGGUACACGAUCCCCGUGUGGUGCUGAUCAAACUUGCAGAUCGUCUUCACAACAUGAGAACCAUUUAUGCUCUUCCCUUAGCCAAGGCUCAAGCAGUUGCUCAAGAGACGCUAGUUAUUUGGUGCUCACUUGCUUCCAGAUUGGGUCUAUGGGCCUUAAAAGCUGAACUGGAAGAUCUGUGUUUUGCAGUACUUAAGCCUCAAGUGUUCCGUCAAAUGCGAGCUGACCUCGCUUUAAUGUGGAGCCCUGGCAACAGGGCAAGCAAUCUGCGAAGAAUGUCUGCAAAAGCCAGCUUGCCUGUGCCAUCAAAUGAAAAAGGCUCUGUUAUCGACUAUGAAAGAUCUGCAGCAAUAGAUGAGGACAACACAAGCAUGAGGGAUCUUUUGCAGGCUGUAUUCCCAUUUGACCUCUUGCUAGAUCGUAGAAAGCGAACUAACUUUCUGCAUAAUCUUGAGAAGUGUUCAAAGUCUCAAGCAAAACCAAAGGUUGUAAGGGAUGCUGGAAUUGCUUUAGCAUCAUUGGUUGUUUGUGAGGAAGCCCUUGAGCGGGAACUAUUUAUAUCUACUUCCUAUGUUCCAGGGAUGGAAGUGACUUUAUCAAGCCGUCUGAAAAGCUUGUACAGUAUCUACAGCAAGGUAAUGGAACGAAAAGAUGUUUGCAUCAAAAAAGUAUAUGAUGCCCGUGCAUUGAGGGUAAUUGUUGGGGAUAAGAAUGGGACUUUACAUGGAGAGGCAGUUCAGUGUUGUUACAGUCUUCUCAACAUUGUUCACAGGCUUUGGACUCCUGUUGAUGGUGAAUUUGAUGACUACAUUGUUAACCCAAAGCCCAGUGGCUAUCAGUCUCUUCACACCGCAGUACAAGGUCCUGAUAACUGUCCUUUUGAAGUUCAGAUAAGGACACAGAGGAUGCAUGAGUAUGCUGAACAUGGACUUGCUGCACAUUGGCUUUAUAAAGAAACUGAAAACAAGUUGUCUUCCUUAAGUAGCAUUGAUAAGUCAGAGGCAUAUUUCUCAGACGAUAUGGACCAAAGCUCUAUUGAAGAUGAUGCUUUUUGGAAAUAUAGUUCCUUGAAAGCAGGGCAUCCACUCCUCAGAGUGGAUGGUAGUCAAUUGCUUGCUGCUGUUAUUGUCAGAGUCGAUAAAGGUGGAAGAGAACUUCUUGUUGCUGUGAGCUUUGGACUAGCAGCUUCUGAAGCAGUAGCUGAAAGAAGAUCGUCUUGCCAAAUAAAACGAUGGGAAGCUUAUGCAAGGCUUUAUAAAAAGGUAACUGAAGAGUGGUGGUGUGAACCUGGACAUGGAGAUUGGUGUACUUGCCUUGAAAAGUACACACUCUGUCGAGAUGGCAUUUACCAUAAGCAAGACCAGUUUGAGCGCCUACUACCAACCUUCAUUCAGGUCAUUGAUUUGACAGAAAGGGAGGAAAAUGAAUACUGGGCUGUUGUGUCCGCUGUUUCUGAAGGCAAACAGGUCGCUGCCAUCAUGUCUAACUCCAGCUGCCACGAGCGGCGAGCCUCCAAACUUUCUAGUUCAAGUUCUACAGAAUCUGGCAUCAACGAUAAGGUGCAACUGCUGAGGACAAUGCUGCAGUGGGAAGAGCAGCUGCGGUCUGAAGCCGGUGAUUUUGAAUCCAUUCCACUUGGUGAAGUGGUGAUUGUGUGUUGGCCGCAUGGUGAGAUCCUGAGACUAAGAAGUGGUAGCACUGCUGCAGAUGCUGCUAUAAGAGUUGGGUUAGAGGGGAAGCUUGUUUCAGUAAACGGCCAGUUUGUACUGCCCGGCACCCGGCUCAAAGAUGGCGACGUAGUUGAAGUCAGAGUGUAAAACCUCCAACUUCAGUCACUGCUGCUGGUACGUAGAGGACGAUGAGGGUGACAGAAUCAGUACAUUUUCCCCCUUUUUUGCAUCAUCUUAUUCAGUUGGUUUGAGGGCUUUAACAGUGAAAAUGUGGAAGGUUGAAGAGCAAUUGCAGCUGCAGCUGCUGUCUCCCGUGUAUAUAAACCCCCCAUUUAUUGUUGUAAUUUGCAGAAAUCGCAUGUUUAGCAAAUUGAAAACUAGUCUUGUGGAUGUAAAUCAAAUUUCUCUAUAAAGUUCAAUGUGGAUGUAAAUCAAAUUUAUCUAUAAA